AUGAAGGAGAAAAUGGCCUCGAAAAAGAAAAAGGCACGAUCCUCGGGUCAGAGCUCUUCCAGUGUGAUAUCUGAUCCUCGAUUCGCAAACAUUCAAUCUGAUCCUAGAUAUCGACUGCCGAGCAAGAAGCACACCCAUGUCAAACUUGAUAAACGCUUUUCGCACAUGCUGCGUGACUCCGAUUUUUCUAAGAAUGCUCCUGUUGACAGAUAUGGAAGAAAGCUAGCUCGAGAUGAUACACGGAAACAGUUAGAGAAAUUUUACCGGUUUGACGACGAAGAGGACGAGGAGGAUAAGAAUGAGGAAGAUGGGGAUUCAGAAGAGUAUCUUAGUAUUGAUGAUGACGAAGAAGUUCAAAAGGAGCUGCGAAGGGUGGAGAGGACAGGCUAUGACCCAGCUCGUGAUGGUGGAUUUGAGUCAUCCUCUUCUGACGAGAGCUCAAGUGAUGAAGAGGAAGAGGAAGAUGAUGUGGACGACGCGGGCAUGGAGAUCCCUGCACCCGGUCAACAAGAUGCCGAUAUCCCUACCGGAGAAUAUACGGAAAGGAUAGCAAUUGUGAACCUUGAUUGGGAUAACAUCAAAGCCCAGGACCUCAUGGCUGUAUUCACCAGUUUUCUCCCUGCCGGCGGCGCUAUCCGGAAAGUAUCGGUAUACCCUAGCGAGUUUGGGCGUGAAAGGAUGGAGAUGGAAGAAAUGGAUGGGCCACCGAAGGAAAUCUUUUCUCAGAAUACUAAAGCUCAGGACGAAGACUCCUUAUCGGAAGAGGAAGAUGAAGAGGAAGAGGAGGAAAAGAUCAAGAAAUCUCUUCUCGUUGAAGGAAACGGGGACGACUUUGAUGCUGGGAAAUUACGGCAAUACCAACUUGAAAGGCUCCGGUAUUUCUAUGCCAUUCUAACAUGCUCAUCAAAGGAAGUUGCCAAACACAUAUACGACGCUGUGGACGGAACAGAAUACAUGAGUAGCGCAAACUUUUUUGACCUCAGGUUCGUCCCUGAUUCCACUGACUUCACGGAAGACGUUCCGAGAGAUGAAUGUGUGAAACUGCCAGAUGAUUAUCAGCCAAGUGAUUUCGUCACGGAUGCUUUACAACACAGUAAGGUCAAAUUGACCUGGGAUGCGGAUGACCGGGCCAGAAAAGAUGCCCAGGAAAGAGCCUUUAAGGGAAACAGAAAGGAGAUUGAUGAAAACGAUCUCAAAGCAUAUCUAGGUAGUGAUAGUUCCGAUGAUGAGGAGGAGGGAGCUGAAGCUGCGGGCGUGGGAGACGCACCCAAGCUAAGCAAGAAAGAGGCGGAGCGUGCGAAGGUUCGAGCUUUGCUUGGCCUUAGUGAUAAACCUGCUGCUGGUAACAAGGAAGCAAAACCUGUUGGAGAGAUGGAAGUUACAUUUUCAGCUGGUUUAACAGCCGCCCCUGCAAAGGAUACGGUAUUUGAGAACGAGCCCGAAAAGGAAGAAACGACGAGAGAAAAAUACGUUCGAAAGGAACGAGAAAGAAAACAACGACGAAAGGAUAAGCUAAAGGCUAAAAGAUCCGGCGAGGAAGCUUUGGACGAGCAGGGAGAUGGAAAAGAUAGACAAGAGACUAAGGAGGCUGAGGAAGACCUUGGCUUCGACGACCCUUUCUUCACUGCGCCCGAGCUUGACGCAGCUAAGGCAGCCAAACAACGCAAAGAAGAAAAGAAAAAGCAACAAGAGCAGCGCAGAGCUGAGGAGGAGGCAUCCGCAUCCAAGAGAGCCGAGCUUGAACUUCUUAUGAUGGAUGACGACAAGGCAACACCUAUCGCGCACUUUGAUAUGAAUGAGAUUGAAAAGGCCGAAAAAAGGGCUCGAAAAAGUGGCAAGCAUAAAAAGGGGAAGAAGAGCGCUGCGGAAACUGCGCCUGUGGAUAACUUUGAGAUGAAUGUUAAGGACCCCAGAUUCCAAAGCCUCUUUGAAAGCCAUGAAUACGCCAUCGACCCAACCAAUCCUAGGUUUAAACAAACUAAGGGUAUGAACACGUUACUUGAAGAAGGUCGAAAGCGAAGACGCAAUGUUGAUGAUACGGGCUCCAACGAGGAGAAAUCUGGUGAUAAACCGAAAAAGAGUAAGAAAAGCAAGUCAAGUUCAGCCAACACAGAUGACGGGGAAGCUAUCAACAAGCUUGUUCAAAAAGUGAAGGCUAAGACCAAAAAAUGA